AUGCUAUAACUACAUAGAAUUAGAGCAUCAUCAGUUUAAGAACAAGGAGAACAAAGAUAAAAACUCCCAAAUAUACUUACACCUACUUUUGCUGAUUGGAAAAUUAUAAGUGAUACUAGAGCACACCCUAAAAUUAGCAGAAGGAAUCCACUUUUUAAAUUUGGUUUGAUCCCACCAAAAAAGGUUGCUACUCCUUCUUCAUCUACUCAUUAGAAUCCUCAAGAUUUUAGAGGACUUAAAUCAGAAGAACAAAGUCAAAGAAUAAAAGAAGUUAUUGUUGAAGAUAGGAUAAGUACAACAGAAACAAAUACUGUAUAAUAAUUUGAGUUAGAUAAAAAAUAUUUGUAAUUGCGAAAUAGAUCUGUUAGUGGAUCAAAAUAAACAAAUCAAAUAGUAUAAAUUUCAAUUAUAUUUUAAGCUACUUGAAUGUAAAUAGUUAUUUGACAACCAAAAAAAAGCAUUUGAAGAUAUAUUGAAAUCAAACAAUUUAUAUAAUAAAUAUUCUAGAGUAAUAGAUAAGGAAUAAUCAAUAACAAAUUAGAAAAUUAUGUAAAUUUUUAACUUAUAUAAAUGA